AUGGCCUGUGUUAGUAGUGUGUCAUACUCAGUGUUGCUUAAUGGAAGCCCGCUCAAGAAAUUUGUUCCUCAGAGAGGGUUGCGUCAAGGAGACCCGCUGUCUCCCUUCUUGUUCCUGUUAUGCCAGGAGGUCCUUUCUAAACUUUUCCAUGGAGCCGAAGCUGGUGGUUUGAUUCAUGGGAUUAAAAUUGCUCCUUCAGAUGCUCCUAUUUCUCACCUAAUGUUUGUCGAUGACACCAUUUUGUUUAGUAGGGCUAAUGAAGGGGAAGCUGAAGUUCUUAUUCAAUGUCUAUCGCUUUAUGAGAAGUGGUCCGGCCAAAGGUGUAGCAACCUAAAUCUCACGGGGGGGUUGGGAAUUCAAAGAUUUGAAGACAUGAAUAAAGCGCUUUUAUCCAAGCUUGCUUGGAGUGUUGCAAUGGAUUCUCCUAAACCAUGGCAUAAGGCUACUGACUCGAAUAUGUGGAAAGGUAUUCUUAAUUCAAGAGAGUUAAUCCUUAAAGGAUCUGUCUCCUUGGCUACCAGUGGAGAGCAUAAUGACUUUUGGAAACAACCUUGGAUUCCAUGGUUAAAGAUAGUGGAGUUUCAAGAACUUAUGAGAAAUCUAAAAGCCAACGGAUUCACUAUGAGAACAGUGGCUGAUGUAUCGAUCAGUGGCAAAUAG